AUGGGUGCUGUCAAAGACUGGAAGUCUCGUAUCGCUUCACCUUCGUUCUAUGUCAUGGAAUCUGUGGAUUACGAGAAACGUCGUAUUCGAGUAGAUGCUCUCGCCAAUGAGACUCUAGAAGAGCGGGUUUCUCUGGGUCAUAAGUUGGAUGAUAUGCUACUUGAUUGCUCCUGGAAAGGCAAACCCUGCUCGCCCGAAAAUUUUACAAAGUUUUACGACUCCCAACUGGGAAACUGUUACACCUUCAAUUCUGGACAAAACGGGGAACAAUUAACCACCACCCGACCAGGCUCUAAGUACGGUCUUUCUCUGGAGCUGUUUGUGCAGCAGGAUGAGUACGUAGAAGGUAUGACAGAAGAAGCAAGUUUUAGGGUCAGCGUCCACCAUCCUUCCAUCAUGCCAUUCCCUGCAGAAGAUGGCGUCUUGGUGUCCCCAGGUUUCGCCACUGCCAUUGCAUUUAUCAAGCUCGAGCUGGAUCGAUUACCGAAACCCUAUGGAGAUUGCAAGGCAGACCUGUCAACGGAUAUUGAGGAUGAUAUUUACCAUCAACAUUACAACAUCACAUACAACAUGAAGACGUGUGAAGUGAGUUGCUUCCAAAAUGAGGUGAUAAGUAGAUGUGAUUGCUUUGACGCAACGUACCCAAACUCUCUUAAAGUCAACCGUACCGUCUACCCAUGUGAAUAUAACAAUCGAGUUGAAAACAAAAAUCUCUCAUUCCCCCAUUACAGUGAAAUUACACAUUUGACAAGUGUCAGUUGUUCCACCUGGCCUUCAGAUGCUUAUGAGUCUACGCUAUUUGAAAAGAUGGUGGAGUAUAAUGCAGAAAUUCGGAGGUAUGUCAAUCGUGAAAACACUGCAGAGUGGACUAGGAGGAAUAUGGCUAAAUUGGAGAUAUUCUACGAUGAGUUUAAUUAUGAACACAUCCGACAAGAACCAGCAUACAGGAUUGCCGAUCUUCUGAGCGAUAUUGGCGGGCAGCUUGGCCUCUGGGUUGGUCUCUCAAUCAUCACUAUAUUCGAGUUUUUGGAAGGCGCUUGGCUCAUUCUCGCUUUUUUCUGUUCUCGAUUUUGGAACAAGAUCAGACAAGGCAAAGUCUACCCUAUGACCUAGACCACGUGAUAGUUCCCCGCACCUUAUCGGGUUGUGUUUGAUAGUAGUUGUCGACGUGAUCAAUCAACUUAUGAUGACGGAGUACCCACGAUCCUGAUGGGAUAAUAAGAAUUAAAUGAUAUCUAUAAAAGUUUCUAAGCGCAUUACCAUAGGAUAAUAGGCGUCUCGAACUAGCAAAUAAAUUUGCCAAAUCAGUUUUAACCUCCCCUGAUCAUCGCCAUCUCUUGCCACAAAGUAGAGAAUCAAUCACUGGUCGCAAUCUUCGGAACUCUACACACAUGACAUUACCUCGUAUACGAACUCAAAGACGCAUGCUUUCUCCCAUUCCUUACUUCAAAAACCUUCUGAAUUCAACUUCUUAGUUAUGCCCUCAUUGGCCCGAAUUCACUAAGGAGGUUUGUCGUCAAACCUCG